CAGUGAGUCCCACCGUUAUGCGGUAUUUUGUGUGUUGAAGCGGGAAGAUUCAGUGACGGAGCUGAGGGCGCUUCUUCCGACAACACUUCUACAGGAAUCAGCCACAAGCACACCAUGCCUCGGGAGAUUAUAACGCUGCAGUUGGGGCAGUGUGGAAAUCAGAUCGGCUUCGAGUUCUGGAAACAGCUGUGUGCUGAACAUGGCAUCAGCCCAGAGGGCAUUGUUGAGGAGUUUGCCACCGAAGGCACGGACCGUAAAGAUGUGUUCUUCUAUCAGGCGGACGACGAGCAUUACAUCCCCCGAGCCGUGCUCCUGGACCUGGAGCCUCGAGUCAUCCACACCAUCCUGAACUCGCCCUACGCUAACCUGUACAACCCCGAGAACAUCUACCUCUCAGAGCACGGAGGAGGGGCAGGAAACAACUGGGCCAGCGGCUUCUCUCAGGGCGAGAAGAUCCACGAGGACAUCUUUGACAUCAUCGAUAGAGAGGCAGACGGCAGUGACAGUCUGGAGGGAUUUGUGCUGUGUCACUCUAUCGCUGGAGGCACAGGAUCUGGUCUCGGCUCCUACCUGCUGGAAAAACUCAAUGACAGAUAUCCUAAGAAGUUGGUGCAGACCUACUCUGUGUUUCCCAACCAGGAUGAGAUGAGUGAUGUGGUGGUGCAGCCCUACAACUCCCUGCUCACCCUCAAGAGACUGACCCAGAACGCAGACUGUGUGGUGGUGCUGGAUAACACGGCUCUGAACCGGAUCGCCACAGACAGACUGCACAUCCAGAACCCCUCGUUCUCUCAGAUCAACCAACUGGUCUCCACCAUCAUGUCUGCCAGCACCACAACGCUGCGUUACCCUGGAUACAUGAACAACGAUCUGAUUGGCCUGAUCGCCUCACUCAUCCCCACUCCCCGCCUCCACUUCCUCAUGACCGGAUACACACCACUCACCACUGACCAGUCAGUGGUGAGUGUGAGGAAGACGACGGUCCUGGAUGUGAUGAGGAGACUCCUGCAGCCUAAGAACGUCAUGGUGUCCACGGGCCGAGACCGUCAGACCAACCACUGUUACAUCGCCAUCCUCAACAUCAUCCAGGGAGAGGUGGAUCCAACACAGGUCCACAAGAGCCUCCAGAGAAUCCGAGAAAGGAAGUUGGCUAAUUUUAUCCCGUGGGGUCCUGCUAGCAUUCAGGUAGCGCUCUCGCGCAAGUCCCCAUACCUGCCAUCAGCUCACCGUGUCAGCGGCCUCAUGAUGGCCAAUCACACCAGCAUCUCCUCGCUGUUCGAGAGGACGUGCCGUCAGUACGACAAGCUGCGCAAGCGCGAGGCUUUCCUGGAGCAGUUCCGCAAGGAGGACAUGUUCAAGGAGAACUUCGACGAGCUGGACAAUUCACGCGAGGUGGUGCAGCACCUGAUUGACGAAUACAGCGCCGCAACACGGCCCGACUACAUCUCCUGGGGAGCACAGGAGCAGUAACACACACACACACACAGGGCCUGGACUCAAUUGUUUGUCUGCAUUGAAUUGUUUUGGUGUGUGCAAAUAUCAGUAUCUCUCGCGCUCUCUCUUAGUCUCUCUUCCUUUUUUAGUCUCUCUCUCUCUCUCUCUCUCUUAGGCUCUCUCUCUCUUCCUUUUUUAGUCUCUCUGUCUCUCUCUCUUAGUCUCUCUCUCUCUCUCUCUCUCCUUUAUUUUUCUUGCUCAGUCUGUUGUUAAAACCUUUAUCCAUCACUCCUUAAUUUUAUCACACACUCUUGCUGUCAAGACCACACACACACAGGGUCCUGAGUAAGCAGAUAAGGCAGGGUGGUCUCGCAGUGCUGGCGCUCUGAAAGCAGCUCUGGAGGAAAAACAGAGACGAAAGGGUGGAGCGGAAAAAUGAUAAGGCUGAUCGAGAGAAAAGGCCAAAGACAAAAUAGAUCCAUGAUUGCACUUUCCUGUUUAAAUCCCUCUCACACACAUACACACACACAUACACAUACACACACACACACACACACUUUCCCUUGAUGAAGCUGUGCUGUGGCUUUUUAGGGAUUGAUCAUUUAAUCAUCUCUGAAGCUCAAAGCUUUUAACAAGACAAUUCAUCUCGCUGAUAAUCAGGAAUAAAACCACAUCCCUCUCAGCGCUGUCCAGAAGACUAUCCCUGACCCAAUCCUGUAAAAUCCACUUCUUAGGUGUUUAGAAUCCUCAGCUGAUCUGAGAACAGUGUGUGUGUGUUCAUAAAUCCUGACCACGGUGAACACAGAAUCCUGCACACUGUAGUGUUUCAUCCCCCUGAACACUCUGACUCUGAUGAAGUAGGAAGAAACACUGUCUUUCUGAAAGCGUGACUGAUUCCUUGGUCAGGUUUCUAUUUUUUUGUCCUUUCCUGUGCUCUUACACAGUGCUGUCAGAGCUGCUCCUGCACACUGUUUUCUACUGUAAAUAGUUUGUGUUCACUUAAAUAAAUGAUUUUCUAAAACAA